AUGACAGGCUACACGUCAGAUAGCCCCAGCUGGUAUGUCUGGCUGACCGAGCUGAGCAUCAUUCCGCCGGAAUACCACGACGUCAUUAGCAUGAUAUCAAGCUUCUUUCUCAUUCUUGCCCUGACGCCAAUCAUCCCUAUCAUCGGACUGGUAAUCUAUGACGUGUCGCUCUGGGCCUGCAGGCUGGCGGCUGCGAGCUGGCGGACUAGGCCCACAACACCUGUCGAUCUGGCUGGCGAAACUUCAACAGUAGUAACAAGCAGUAUGGCUGCGACCGGGGAGGGAGGAACGCCCCUAUAA